AUAAAUGAAAAUUUCUAAAAUUUAAAUAAGUUAAAGUUAUCAAUAUAUGUAUGUAAAUAUAUAUUUUGAUAAUGGAAGAUACAGCAAAAGAUAUAAAUUUGAUAAGAAAAUUCAUUAAAGAAAGACUUCAAAAGAAUUGCAUAAAUUUUCAUGGCCCUUCAGAAAAAUUGGAAAAUGUGCGGAAUAUUUUGCAUCGCACGGCGGAGGGAGAAUCCAAUUCCAUAAUAAUUAUAGGACCAAGAGGAAGCGGAAAAACUACACUUGUUAAUGCAGCACUGUAUUCCUUAUUACAAAAUGAACAAUUCAGAAACAAUACGAUAAUAAUUUUUUUAAAUGGAUUAAUUGAAACUGAUGAUAGGUUAGCGUUAAAAUCCAUUACAACGCAGAUGAAUUUAGAAAAUUUGAUUGAUGGCAGAGUUUUUGGAUCGUUUGCUGAAAAUUUAUCGUAUUUAUUAUCAUGUUUAAAAAACUCUAAUUCGAAAGAGUCAAAGAGUGUAAUAUUCAUUUUGGAAGAAUUUGAUUUAUUUUGUCACCAUCACGGUCAAACCUUACUUUACAACUUAUUCGAUAUCUCACAAUCAGCCCAAACGCCAAUUUGUGUUUUAGGUAUAACUUGCAGACUAGAUGUAAUAGAACUUUUGGAAAAAAGAGUUAAGUCUAGAUAUUCGCAUAGACAAAUUUAUUUAUUCAAUCAGGAGCGAGAGCUUCCAGAAGUAAUUAAAUUGUUCAAGGAAUACCUAUCUAUUCCAGAUGAAGAAUAUUUCAAAGUUUGUGAAUUAAAUACAAAAUUUGAUAAAAUUCAAUGUUUAAAUAAUAACUUUUUAAAAAUGCAAUUUGAAGCGAAAAAAUUCAAUUUUAAUCCCAAAUGUGUUAAAGCUUGGAACAAAAAUAUUGACUUAUUCUUAAACAAUACAUCCGUUAAACAAUGUAUUGCAGGGUUAAUUGAAAAUGAUCUUAGUGAAGAUUUAUUAAAAAAAAUUUCAUUUCGUUUGAUAUCCAUGAUUAAUAUAAACCAUCCAUUUAUACAACCUGAAGAUUUGCAAUCGAUCUAUGAAGAGUACAACCAAGAUGACAAAGUUAUGAUUUUGAUUGGUCUAUCUGUUUUAGAAAUAUCUUUAUUAAUUUCAAUCAAACAUCACUGUGAAAUUUAUGACCACGAUCCCUUUAAUUUUGAAAUAAUCUUCUCAAGGUUUACGAAAUUUGCCUUAAAGUCCACGGUUAUGCAGUCUGUGGAAAGGACAGUAGCUUUGAAAGCUUUCGAACAUCUUAAAAAUUUGGAAUUGAUACUCCCUGUCAAUACAUCAGCCAUGAAAGUAAAAAAAGAAUUCCAAAUGCAUAAAUUGGCCUUAACUAUAAAACAAAUAAAUCAAAGCAUUGAUAUUUAUACUGCUUUGCCAACUGAGGUGUUUCAGUGGUCAAAAAGUUGUUUUAUAUAAAAUUUAAUUUCCUUAUUACACGUAAAAUUUUUAUUUAAAUAAAUAUUA